CCGCUCAUCUACUAGCUGGGUUGCCUCCUGAUAGCUCCGCUCCCGUAGUGGAAACACUCGGGAGUAAUGCUUUGAAACGGAUGUCUCGACCCGUCGCACACUCGCAGACAACAUUGCAUCCAGACAGUUCGGCUCUACAAGAGGAAUCGCCGGCAAGGCGUGCUCCUAGUGGGUUAUCUCAAGCGACUCCAAUCGAGCUUACGAAGUCUGAUUCAGAUGAUGUGGGAGCGCCCGGCAGGACCCAGAUUUCAAUUGCUGAAUCUGAAGCUCCAGGAAAUGAAGCAGUUCCCUCAUCUCCACCCGAGCCAGGAUCGCAAACAGGUCGAGCAAGUUCGCCUGAACGUAGAGACAUCAGCGACAGUGACGAGGAGAUGGAGUUCGCCAUACCCGAAGUAUUGGAGACCAGCAAGAUGGAAACCAAUUCGGCAUCUCAGGCAACUAGUACCUCGUUACAACACCGUGAGGCCCGAGGAGUCCCAGAACUUCAGGUAAAGGAGACCCCGCAGCUUCCAGGUCAUCGGAAAGUACAGCGAGACCUCGCUAAGCCUUCCUCCUCAUGGUCGCCUGUUCGACAACGGUCUAGUGGCCAAACAACUUCAUCUACUUCCGUUAUUCCCAGUACCUACGCUGAGCCUCGAGGCCAACUUAACGCAAGACUAAUCUCUACUAAGAGGGCCUCAGCGAUGAUCGAUCUCUCCUCAGACGCGGACCCUAUUAUGAUAGAUGAGCAACUAAACGAAGAGAUUAAUGCUGCCUCGCAGCGUCCGCCACCUGAAGUCAAAAGCCCAUCUCCCAGUGAGGCCAAAGCUCCAUUCAAUUCCAAUCAUUCUCCAAUGCUUCCGCACGUUUCGAGUAGCAAUCCGGGUUCGUUAGUCAAACGCAAAGCUGCUGAUCUUCCUGCUGGGUUUAAUAGCAGUAAAAAACCUAGAUCGGCUGGUCUUGGGCUUCCACGGGAGUCAGAGAUGGUAAAUGGCGAUAACAUGGCACCUCCUAUGACAAUACGAGAACAGAGACGUCAGAAAUUGAACAGCUAUAACACGACAGGUCCGGGACGUGCUGAAGAACAUCUCCUGCCAUCUCCCAAGUUUGCUACCAAUCGUAAAGAGUCAAAUGGACUCGUCGACAAGCACGAUUCAAGGCCGAACCAUCCGCCUUCUACCACGCGCUGGCCCCCUCGCUCUGACAAUGCUUCGCCGAAGGACAUACGACGAGGCAGUGAGCGUGUGCUGCAUGACGACCACAGGUCGCCUGGCGUCGAGCAAGCUCCUUCAAACACUGCUACGCACAAGAUUUCGAGGCCUGCGAAUCGCUCUGCUGCAAUGGAAACCGCGACAACCAAUCUUACGGAGCCUUCGCAAUCGCCUGGCGCGAUUGUAUUUUCGAAAUUCUCUCAAGCUUACCCUGAGUACAAGGGUACUAUGAAGCAAUUCAGAGGAAUGUGCAAGCAGAUACAGAAGCUGGAGGACGAGAGAAAAAAACUGCCCAGAUUAAUGUGGGAUGAUUACGUGAUAAGAUAUGAGAUGGAGUUCGUUGAGUACCGCAACGACUGCUUCGAAAACGGAGAUGAACCCGUUUCAUACUACAACUUCUAUGACUCAAUCAAGGAGCACAAGUUCAUGAAACAAAUCCUUAACCCAGAGGGGCUUAAGUCGGUACUCGAUCAGACCUCAAAUACUUCAACCUCAACCUCAACCGCGUUGAACCUUCCCGUUCGCCGAUCACCGACAUCCCCAGCGCAGUCCAGCAAUCCGAAGCGUACCCGAAAAUCCGUCCCGUGGGAACCCUCAAGUACGGCGCCUGCACAAAGUGGGCCCCCGCGAAUGUCACUGCCCUCAGCUUCAUCCCAACAACCAAGAAG